CAGGCUCCCUUUGUGGCAGGCCAGAUGGAUUACUGCAUGGACAACCCAGCCAUCUUUUUGCCAGUCCUGGUUGGUUUCAACCCUGUGAACAUGGCCAGACCCCUCGAAGAAGCUCUUCCCCUCCAUCAUCAGCAUCAUGUGGCCACUGCUUUUCUUCGAAUAUGAAGGGAACUUCAUCCAGAGGCUCCAGCAUGAGCUAAGCACCAAGUGGGUGCUGAAUACUGUGAACACAGGGGCCCAUGUGCUUCUUGGGAAGAUUCUCCAAAACCACAUGUUGGACCUCUGCAUUCGCAACUCCAAGUUCUUCUGGCGGGCGCUGGCCAUGCUGCAGCGGUUCUCUGGACAGCCCAAGGCUCGAUGCAUCGAGACCCUCCUCCAGGUGAUCCACUUCCCCCAGCCACUGUCGGAUGACAUUUGGACUGCUCCCAUCUCCUUCCACAUCCAGGUUGCACACGAGAAGGAAGAGGUAUCCCACCGGCAGCUAACAUUCAUUGAGUCCUUUCAGCGUAUCAGGAAUUUUGCUUGA